UAUUAUUUUUCGAAUAUAAUCGAGGCUCUAGAUAGUCCUGGUGCUUUUUGAUCCAUAUAUCCGCUUAAUUACUUUAGAUUCUGCUGUUUUUCUGCUUGUCUCUUUCUUUUAAAAAUUCGCUGAAGUUGUCAGUUUUUGUCGAUAAGAAUGAAUUCAGGGGGCUCUGGUGGUUGAUUCCUUGUGAUGAUCGGUGAUAGAUUUGGUGAAUUGGGCUCUAAUUUUAUCUGGGUAUUUCUCAGAUUUGAAGAGUUAUUGAGCUUGUGAGCAAAUAAGACAUCUCGUUAUGGGUUGGUUGAACAAGAUUUUUCGAGGUUCCAGCCAUAGGAUUUCAGAAGGGCAAUACCCUGAAAGAUACAAUCAUGAUCGGACUUGGAGUGAACCGACUGGCUCAUUGGAUGGCCACUCUGAAUAUGAAACUGAAGAUAUUGAUUGCGCUAUUGCCCUCUCCUUAUCCGAAGAAGAAAACAGAAAGGGAAAGGACGUUGAUAAUGGAUCUUAUUUGGAAGAAGAUGAACAUCUAGCGAGGGCUUUACAAGAGAGUUUGAAUGUUGAGUCACCACCACGCCAAAAUGACCGCAUUCAUGAACCACAUAUAUACGAUCCACUACCUUUUUUCUUUCCCUCGAGAACUAGGAGAUGUGCUGGGUGCAAUGGCGAAAUCGGCAAUGGCCGCUAUCUCAGCUGUAUGGGUGCACUUUGGCAUCCCGAAUGUUUCCGUUGCCAUGCCUGUAACAAACCUAUUUCUGAUUAUGAGUUUUCUAUGUAUGGGAAUCACCCCUACCACAAGUCCUGCUACAAGGAUCGCUAUCACCCAAAAUGUGAUGUUUGCAAACAAUUUAUUCCAACAAAUUCGAAUGGCCUCAUUGAGUAUCGUGCACAUCCUUUUUGGCUACAAAAGUAUUGUCCUUCACAUGAGGCGACGGUACUCCAAGGUGCUGCAGUUGUGAAAGAAUGGAGCCAAGAGAUGCAAUUUAUAUCACCUUGGAUGAUGGUCGGAAACUCUGUCUGGAGUGUGGAUUCUUCAAUAAUGGAUACCAAUGAAUGCCAACCUCUGUACCUUGAUAUCAGAGAAUUUUAUGAAGGUUUAAAUAUGAAAUUGAACCAGCAGAUUCCGUUGCUUCUGGUUGAGAGACAAGCUUUAAAUGAGGCCAUGGUGGGAGAAAAGAAUGGUCAUCAUCAUCUUCCUGAAACCAGAGGUCUGUGUCUAUCUGAAGAGCAGAUUGUCAGCAGUAUAUCAAGAAGGCCGAGAAUAAGAGGUAACAGGAUCAUUGAGAUGAUUACAGAGCCAUUUAGGCUCAUCCGGCAAUGUGAAGUAACAGCCAUUCUUAUUUUGUAUGGACUACCAAGAUUGCUGACAGGGUCAAUUCUGGCCCAUGAGAUGAUGCAUGCAUGGCUACGGCUAAAUGGAUAUCGAACUCUCCCUCCAGAAGUAGAAGAGGGUAUCUGCCAAGUGCUAGCUCAUAUGUGGCUGGAAUCUGAACUUAUGUCAGGCUCAGGCAGCAGCAGUUCAUCCACCUCAGCAUCCUCGUCAUCAUCCACAUCAUCAAAGAAAGGAAAAAGAUCCGAAUUUGAGAAGAAAUUCGGGGAGUUCUUUAAGCAUCAAAUUGAGUCAGAUUCUUCUACGGCAUAUGGAGAAGGUUUUCGAGCAGGCAAUGAGGCGGUAAAUAAGUAUGGCCUCAGGAGUACACUUGAUCACAUAAGGUUGACGGGAAGCUUUCCAUAUUGAUUGCGAGCAUGAUUUCACCAUUGUUUCGAUCGUACAAGGAGUAUACCCUAUAUAUAGUGCAAGCUGCAGGUUCUACUAAGUUAUAAACGCAUGCAGUGCUUAUACCACAAAAUAGAGAUAGAGAGAGAGAGA